AAAAUCAAAGGGAAAAGGCAGAAGUAGAAUUCUCUAGACACAGCCAACUUCCGAUUUCCGCACUAUUUAUAAUCUCUGCUUUCUCUUUUCUUCUCCAUCAUCAAAAUCUAGAAAGAAAAUUUGGAAAGCAAGAGCUCUGUUUGAAUUCUUGAUUUGAUUUUUGUUGCCGGAGUUUCGGUUUAGUUGAUUUUUUGCUGCUGCUGUUGUGGGAAUGGCUGGAAAGGGGGAAGGACCAGCGAUUGGAAUCGAUUUGGGAACCACGUAUUCAUGCGUGGGAGUGUGGCAACAUGAUCGUGUCGAAAUCAUAGCAAAUGAUCAGGGCAACCGCACGACGCCGUCUUAUGUGGCUUUCACGGACACCGAGCGUCUUAUCGGCGACGCCGCCAAGAACCAGGUCGCCAUGAACCCCACCAACACUGUUUUUGAUGCCAAGCGGUUGAUUGGUAGGCGAUUCAGCGACCCCUCUGUCCAAAGUGACAUGAAAUUGUGGCCAUUCAAGGUCAUUCCUGGGCCUGGUGACAAGCCCAUGAUCGUAGUAUCCUACAAAGGCGAAGAGAAACAAUUUGCCGCUGAAGAAAUCUCUUCCAUGGUCCUCAUUAAGAUGAAGGAGAUAGCUGAGGCAUAUCUUGGAUCGACGGUGAAGAAUGCGGUUGUGACGGUGCCUGCAUAUUUUAACGACUCUCAGCGUCAGGCCACGAAGGAUGCUGGAGUUAUUGCUGGUCUAAACGUCAUGCGUAUUAUUAAUGAACCUACUGCUGCAGCAAUUGCAUAUGGUUUGGACAAGAAGGCUACCAGUGCUGGUGAGAAGAAUGUGCUUAUUUUCGAUCUUGGAGGUGGUACUUUUGAUGUUUCCCUCCUCACCAUUGAGGAGGGUAUAUUUGAAGUGAAGGCUACUGCUGGUGAUACUCACCUUGGAGGAGAGGACUUUGAUAACAGAAUGGUGAAUCAUUUCGUUCAGGAGUUCAAGAGGAAGCACAAGAAGGAUAUUAGUGGGAACCCUAGAGCUCUAAGGAGAUUGAGGACUGCUUGUGAAAGAGCAAAGAGAACUCUCUCGUCCACUGCCCAAACCACUAUUGAGAUUGAUUCUUUGUAUGAGGGUAUUGAUUUCUAUUCCACCAUUACCCGUGCUAGAUUUGAGGAGCUUAACAUGGAUUUGUUUAGGAAGUGUAUGGAGCCAGUUGAGAAGUGCUUGAGGGACGCAAAGAUGGAUAAAAGCAGUGUCCAUGAUGUUGUCCUCGUCGGUGGCUCUACUAGGAUUCCUAAGGUCCAGCAACUACUGCAGGACUUUUUCAAUGGUAAGGAACUAUGCAAGAGCAUCAACCCAGAUGAAGCCGUUGCUUAUGGGGCUGCAGUGCAGGCAGCAAUUUUGAGUGGAGAAGGCAAUGAGAAGGUUCAGGAUCUUCUUCUUUUGGAUGUCACGCCAUUGUCCCUUGGUUUAGAGACUGCUGGAGGUGUCAUGACAGUUUUGAUUCCCAGGAACACGACCAUUCCUACCAAGAAGGAACAAGUGUUCUCCACAUACUCGGACAACCAGCCGGGCGUGUUGAUUCAGGUUUAUGAAGGUGAAAGGACAAGAACUAGAGAUAAUAACCUGCUUGGAAAAUUUGAGCUCACAGGCAUUCCUCCGGCGCCAAGGGGUGUUCCUCAGAUCAAUGUCUGCUUUGACAUUGAUGCCAACGGCAUCUUGAAUGUCUCUGCGGAAGACAAGACAACCGGUCAAAAGAACAAAAUUACCAUUACUAAUGAUAAGGGUCGGCUGUCAAAGGAAGAGAUUGAAAAGAUGGUGCAAGAAGCUGAGAAGUACAAGGCUGAGGAUGAGGAACACAAGAAGAAAGUUGAGGCCAAAAAUGCGCUGGAGAAUUACGCAUACAACAUGAGGAAUACAAUAAAGGAUGAGAAGAUUGCUUCUAAGCUUCCACCAGCUGACAAGAAGAAAAUUGAGGAUGCAAUCGACUCGGCCAUCCAUUGGUUGGACGGGAACCAGCUGGCUGAGGCUGAUGAAUUUGAAGAUAAGAUGAAGGAGCUCGAGAGCAUUUGCAACCCCAUCAUCGCAAAGAUGUAUCAGGGUGCUGGUGGGGCUGAUGUUGGUGGAGGCAUGGAUGAAGAUGGCCCGUCGGGUGGUGGCAGCGGUGCAGGCCCCAAGAUUGAGGAAGUGGAUUAAGCCUGACGGUUGUGUGUUUGAUGCAGUAUCAAUACAUGUAGAAGCGAUGGAGCUUGGUUGAUCGUUGGCGCAAGUGUGUUUGGUUUCUGGUAGUGUUUUUGUAUAUGGUUGUCAUUGGCUUCUGAGCCAAGUGUAUACGACGAGUUCCAAUGUUUUUCUUCUUUUAAAUGGUUAAUCCGACACCGGUGUUGUCUGUAAAAGUUUUGAAUGUUCUGAAGAUCUACUGUAACAAUUCGGGAGCUCAGUAAUUCUCUGUAAGCUAUGAUGUAUAAUUAUAUAGUCAACAAUCAAUACCUGUAAGAGAAAUACUUGCAAUAA